AUGGCAAAGCAGUUUGACGAUGUUAGUCGAACAAAUCAGAAUCAUGCUAGGGUUCUAAUGGACUUCGAGUAUCUAAAUGAGGGUUGUACUCCGGUGAAUGAUCAAUCUUCCAGUAAAGAAAGCCAAACCCUAGUUCCAUUUCCCAUUUCUCUUCGAUCUAUUGCUGUCUCUGCUCCUCAAUUUGUUACACCACCAAUUACAACAGUUUUGCUUCCAUAUAUCUUCGAUCAGGGCGUGAUUAGACGGUGCUGA